GGUGUACCGUGUCGUUAGAUAGAGGUUAGUGAGUCAUCGCAAUACACCCUGCUAUCGCUGAUUGCUUUUGUGGAGGUUUGUAUUCCCGGGGAGAGAAAUAUAUUCCCAAGGAAUCAGUUGUAGAGUGUAUCGAGUGAACCCGUCGAAGUCACUGAUAUGCACUAUGGGCUCGAACUCGAGACAGUUACCACAAGAUACAGCAAUAUCAGGGACAUGUCUGGAAAAUGCUCAAAUAGGAUGGUCAUGCUCAAGGUGCACGUUUAUUAACGCCGAGUCCAUCCAAGUUUGUCAGAUGUGUGAAAACCAGAGGAUACUGGACGAUUCAUUUCAAGCUGUUCAAGAUGACCAAACUCAACAAGACAAGCUACAAAUGCGUGAUCGGCAAGCGGGUUCAAACACGGAUAUCCCUACACCGAGGCACGUAGAACAUGGUGAGACAACAAUCAUAGUUAGCUGCAGUUAGGUUUGACUUCUCUGUCCUAUACAUGUUGGAGUAGUACAGGUAGUGGUGACAGCUGCUCGGAUAGUGUGACUGACAGGAUUAUAAUAGGGAUUGAAGAACUGGUUCAUUUUUCCUGCUUGAAUACCGUCAUGGAUAUGGAUGAAUGGACUUGCAGCACCUGCACACUCAUCAACAGCGGCGACCGGCACUACUGCGAUGCAUGUGACACGCCUAAGCCACGAGGGGAACCUGGACUGCCGCGUGUAGCCAACCCAGAACCGUUAGGUCCUCCUCACACACACCAGCAAAGAGGGGGGUCAUACGGUUGGUCCGCGGAUCUCUGCCCAGACAAUGAAAGGAGAAUAGUGUUUCUUGGAAGAACAGGGUCAGGGAAGAGUGCUACCGGUAAUAAUAUUCUAGGCAAAAAAAUAUUUGAAUCAAGCGCAUGUGGAUCAUCUGUUACCAAAAUGUGUCAGAGAGGGAAAGCUUUCAGAUUUAAUCGGGAUGUUCAAAUAAUCGACAGUCCUGGCUUGUUCGACACAGGUAUGACAAAUGCUGAAAUCACCAAAGAGGUGGUGAAAUGUGUCGGCAUGACAGCUCCAGGUCCUCAUGCCUUCGUCCUCGUUGUCAGGAUUGACCGUUUUACCCAAGAGGAACAGGACACGGUUGCUCAUUUCAGACAGGUCUUCGGAGAUGACAUGUUGAACUAUCUCAUUGUUCUCUUCACAAGAAAGGACGAUCUACAAAAUGACAAUAAAACACUCCAGGAGUAUUUAAGGAAAGUUCCAAAGGAACUGCAAGAUCUACUCGUGUUUUGCAACAACAGAUGCAUCGCCUUCAACAACAGAGGCAGUAAUGCAGAGAAGGAACAGGAUGUCAAAGACUUCAUUACACUGGUUGAUCGGGUAUUCCUUGACAAUGGAGGCAAGUGUUACACAAGUGAAAUGUAUGUUGAGGCAGAGAAGAACAUGAAGAUGAGGGAGAAACAGUUGAGACAGAAACAUGAUCAGAAGAUCCAAGAAGAGAGAAAUGCAAUCAGGCGAGAGUUCGAACUUAAACUUCAGAUGAAGCACGAUGACGACGAAGAUUUGCGGAAGCAAUUGGAAGAGAGAAUAAAAACACUAGAGAGAGAGAAAGUUGAAGAUGCAAAGAAGAAAACCGAAAAUGAGAUGGCUGCUCUUUCAAAGGAAAAGGAAGAUCUGCAAAUAGCAAUGAAAGAAAUGAAGAAAGAAAAGGAAAAAUCACACAGAGAGUUGGAGCUGGAAAUAAAGAGAAAGGAGCGAGAAGCAGAGAAAAAACUUGAGGCCGAAAAGCCAGACUUUCGAGAGGAGGCGCGAAAAGAAGUCAAUGAGGAGAAACCGGGUGUGAUGGGAAUGCUGGGAUCGAUGCUGCCUUCGCUCAUUGGGAGUGUCCUUCCGGCUAUUAUACCGGUUGCUGGGAAGUUUAUCAAAGGAUUAUUCAAAAAAUAGUACCUCGUAUCAGGCAAACUUGUUUGAAAGCGAAUUGACUGAACCUAAACACUUGAAAUACAUGGUCAUGUUGAAGCAACCAUCAUGCACUAUUUUGAAAUAUUGAGACAGUAGUAUCCAAGUGUGGUGCAAUUGUCUUUAACGCCAUACAAAUAUAUCUAUGUAUGUAAUUUAGAUGUAUGAGUACAUAGAUUUUACCCGAUGGUAUACACUGUAAAAGUAGGGAAAGUAGCGCAGUGAUAUAUACUCUAAAUAGGGUCAGGAAUAGAAUAUCAAUGUAACCCUAAAUUAUGGCUUGUGCAAAAUAAACUUAUUACUCUUG